CAAAUGAGAGGCGCGCCUCCAGGGCUUCGGCGGCCGCUGCGCGAGAUCGGGCGGCCUGGGGCUUCGAGCGUCCCCCGGCUCGGCGCUAUCCCGGCAGAGAUACCUGAGCGCUCCGCCGCGGUUGGAACCCAGGUCCGGGCCGACGCUGUUCCGGGAAUGCUUUCAGUUUGCACAAACAUGGCUGCGGCCCUGCGAACUGCGGGUGCCCUGCUCCGCGAUCGGCUGGUGCCGGGCAGCGUGGCCCAUCAGCCAUGGAGGUGCAAGUCAGAUGCAGCAGUGGCCGCAGAAACAGCCCAACGUGCCAGAAGUGCAGAACCUCAAGUCCACCCGGAGAAGAGGAAGCCAAAAACUGGAAUAUUAAUGAUGAAUAUGGGAGGCCCUGAAACCCUGGGAGAAGUUCACGACUUCCUUCUGAGGCUCUUCUUGGACCGAGACCUCAUGACGCUGCCUGUUCAAAAUAAACUGGCACCAUUCAUCGCCAAACGUCGAACCCCCAAAAUUCAAGAGCAGUACCGCAGGAUUGGAGGGGGGUCCCCAAUCAAGAUGUGGACUUCCAAGCAAGGAGAAGGCAUGGUGAAGCUGCUGGAUGAGCUGUCCCCCAACACAGCUCCUCACAAAUACUAUAUUGGAUUCCGGUAUGUCCAUCCUUUGACAGAAGAAGCAAUUGAAGAGAUGGAGGGAGACGGCGUGGAGAGGGCCAUUGCUUUCACGCAGUACCCACAGUACAGCUGCUCCACCACGGGCAGCAGCUUAAAUGCCAUUUACAGAUACUAUAAUGAAGUGGGACGAAAGCCUAGGAUGAAGUGGAGCACUAUUGACAGGUGGCCCACACAUCCGCUCCUCAUCCAGUGCUUUGCAGACCACAUUCUGAAAGAACUGGACCAUUUUCCACUUGAGAAGAGAAGCGAGGUGGUCAUUCUGUUUUCUGCUCACUCACUGCCAAUGUCUGUGGUCAACAGAGGGGACCCCUAUCCUCAGGAGGUAGGUGCCACUGUCCAAAAAGUCAUGGAAAGGCUGAGUUACUCCAACCCUUACCGACUGGUCUGGCAGUCCAAGGUUGGUCCAAUGUCCUGGUUGGGUCCUCAAACAGAUGAGGCUAUCAAAGGGCUUUGUCAGAGGGGGAGGAAGAAUAUCCUUUUGGUACCAAUAGCAUUUACCAGUGAUCACAUUGAAACGCUGUAUGAAUUGGAUAUCGAGUACUCUCAAGUUUUAGCCAAUGAGUGUGGAGUUGAAAACAUCAGAAGAGCAGAGUCUCUUAAUGGAAAUCCAUUGUUCUCUAAGGCCCUGGCUGACUUGGUGUCCUCGCAUAUCCAGUCUAAUGAGCUGUGCUCCACACAGUUGACGCUGAGCUGUCCUCUCUGCGUAAACCCUGUCUGCAGGAAGACUAAAUCCUUUUUCACCAGCCAGCAGCUGUGACCUCCGCCUGAAGACCACAUGGGAUUAGGCAAAUGCCCAACUUUCAGAUACCCCCAAUGGGGAGGGGGACAUUAGAGAUCAAGGAGCAAAGCCACAUUAGUACAUGUGCCAGCCUUUAGGCACAAAUUUCAUGAUUUCUUGAGGAGCUGACUCUGAAAUCCUUAUUGAGGGAUUUCUAUUUUUAUAUACCUGUACAGUAAGCAUUUAUAUUCCCUCUGUCUGGGUGAAGUUACUAGUUUGGAAUGUCCACGAGGACAUUAAAAAAAUGAACUUUAAAAAUUUAUUUUAUGAGAUGCACAUCUAUUUUAAAUACAGAUUUUGGUUUUAUUGCCCAAAAAACCUCCUGAAAGGGUAUGGAGAGUCCCCUGUGUGUGCUGUCACGAUGAAUGAGAUCUGUUUACAGUUCCAUGCAUAUAGUUGUAGUUCUUUAAAUGAACAUAGUUGGGUAUAUGAAAUGUAAUUUGAAAGAGAAAUGUUACCUGGUCUUUCCCCACGCCUGUGGGUUGCAGAAUGGCAGUGAGGUAGUUUGGUUACCUACAAUGUCUGCUUUUGUCAGUGAGGCCACCAUCAAUUGUCGUUUUGGCAUUUGUGAAUGGGUCUCACUUUCCUCACCAUAAAACUGAAUCAAGUACAGAUUUCAGAAGUGCUCUGAGAUUCCCCAGGCACACAAGGCUAAUAAACUUGUAGAAAGCCAGCGUUAGUUAUCCAUGCCUUGGUAGGAGUCAGUGGUGCCACAGGGAAGGGGUUCCCGCUGCUUUCUGUCUCCAGGGACAGCACUGCUGGGAAGUGCUAAUGUCUUUAAAUCUCCUCCCGGACUCUAGCAAGCCUUCUCAGCCGGGGCCAGCAUCAUCUUUAUCUUAGCUGAAGUCUCCUUUCUGCACAUUUAACAAUUAUUUUAUAAAGCCAACUACAUUUUGUAACCUUGAAGUCUUUCUUACUUACAAUUUUUUAUUAUAAAAAUUAUAUAGCCAUACAAGAGGACAUUAGGAAAAAACAAAAAGGAAAAAUAACCACUCCAAUGCAACAAAUGCUGUCAUAUUAUCUUAUUUUAUGCCAGUCUUUUCCUGUGGAUAUAUUUAAUGCCAUUGCCACCUUGAAUUUGUGAGUGAAAGGUUGUUCUAAAAAUGUAGAAAUAAUGUUGGAUUAGAAUCUGAUCUUCUAUAUUUGAAUUUAAAUGGAUUAAAAGAUCUCUGAUGGAUCCAUGAGGAAACUGUAAUGAUCACUUUCUCUUUCCUCCAAGCCCUAAAACUUUGCUCUUCAAAAGAGCAUUUCAUUUUUUUUUUUUUUUUUAAAGCCAUUUCAUAAAGUGGAAGUAUUAGGGGAUUCAUAGAUUUUCUAUAUUCAGGAUUUGCUGCUAGUAAGUGUUAGGACAUCACUGAGGUUUUAACCAGUUUGAUUCAUGCUGUCUGUUUAAUCAAAACUGAUCAAAAUUAAUCAAAAUGGUUAAAUAUGAGGAAUUUACAUUGUAGUACAGGAAAGAAACACAUCAUUCACUUUAGUUAAUUUGAGGAUUCUUCAAAAAGUUCAUGGAAGUAUUAGCAUUAUCUUUUAAUUCUGUUUUUCCAUGAACUUUUUGAAGUACGCUCGUAGUUUUCCUACACUGGCAAUGACACUUAAAUUUGAGUAAGUGUCUUUUUUUUUCUUUUUCUUUUCAAAUUGGCUGUUACAUUAGUAGGUUCUGUUGUUUCUGGAGGCAUAGAUCAUUUGGAAUUUUCCUCUAUCCGUUUCCAUUAACCUUUUUGGGGAUUAGGUUCAAAGUAGACUUUGAAUGGCUGUCGCAUAGUGGAGUGACGUCUCUGGGUUAGUGGCAUGGCGCUAGAAGGCCGGUUAUGCUGGGAACCAUUCUCCCUCCUUAAGGAAACUUGCUGUCUGCCUCACUUCAACUGCUUUAGUAGUGAAAAUAUAAUUAUUAUGGAGAUGUUGCAGCAAAUUCUAAUUCAGAAGUCCUUGCUAGGGCAUCUGAAGCCCCUCAUUUGCUAAGGAAACUUCAAAUCAACAGUGACUGGGCUGUCUGGAAUAGUAUCCUUGGUACUGAGUUUGGACCAGACUGGCCUUUGUAGUGAGAGGCAAGGGAGGAUUUAAUGGGAUCACUGCCGGUGGUGUUACCUUUGACUGUUAUUUAUUUUUUGGCCACUGGCCAGUACAGAGAUUGGAAUGCUUGACCUUCGUGUUAUAACACUGCACUCUAACCAACUGAGCUAAGUGACCGGCUCCUUUGACUGUUAUUAACUAUAGAUGGGUAAGGGGUCAUAUGCGAGGGUAGCAUUUGAUAGGACAAAAUCUUUCUAGAGCUAAUAGUCUUUGAGAAUUGUUUUCCUAUUUGUCCACUUUGAAAUACAAAUGUUUGCCCUGAUAAUUAGCAAUGAACUGCCAGCAGUUUCUUCAAGCUGAGCUUAUGUACAGACCUGGCUUUUAAUUGAUGAAUGAACUUCUGCAGAAAACUUGAAGGGGCCAUGUUGAUGAGGCAGUUUAGCUUGCCAAGGGGAUUAUAAGGCCAGGUCCCUGCAUGUACAGUGCAGGAAGAGGAGCUCUUCUAGAGAAUAUGUAUUCUUGAACUACUUACUUUUUUAAAAUUAAAUUUUUGCAAUCAAAGAAAAUUUGCUUCAUAUCAGAAGAAAUGAACUGCUUCUUAAAAGCCCUUUAAAUUAUAUCAGUGGCAUGUUGGUGCUGACUAAAUAGUAAAAAUCCGUGACUUUUCCUGAUAAUACCUCAGAUAUUAUCAGGAAAAGAUAUCUUUGUUCAAGAAAUUCGUGAGCAGAAUGCAAUAUUUCUCUACGAUUCCACUGAAUUUUUUUUUUUAUGGCUGAAACUAUUUAGACGAUGAUUAUGUAGGUGUGAAGAGAAAGUGGAAUUUUCUGCUCCAAAUUGCCCAAACUAAGCCUGUCAGAAAGUACAUUAUAUCAACAAUCCUAAAGUAAUAUUUGUGUUUUCAGCCGACCUUAAAAAUAAAUCUUUCUUUCUCAUUUCAGUUUCUUUUUGGGGGAAAUACACCGAUGUGAUGGGAUAGGUCUCAGAAUGAAGUCACUACGUUUGUUUCUCUGAGCUAAUCUGUUCUCAUAAAUUGGGUAUUUAAUUCAAAAAACCGUAGUUUAAGGCAUGUAAGAACAUUUGCUCAAUCUUAUAGUUCAGGCAUGUAAGAGAGCGUUUGAUCAAUCUGAUACCCCUGUGUUUAUUCAGACUGUUAAUACACUUCCAGGGUGAGCGGAUCAGGCUGCUGCCACGCCCUAAGUAGCGCAGUAAGACCUGCACCUGCUCAAAGUGUAGAUGGCCACGUGGCACUGGAAGUUCUGGCGGCUCCGCUGGUGACGGGCCGGGGAUGUAGCAAUGAGCACCUUGCGCAGCUGCAGCGGCAGAGCCAGAUUUAAAGCUGGCGGCCUUAAGAACGCAUAUCCGUGUGUGCACGUGCGCAUGUGCGCGCAGGUGCUUACGCCAGGAACCUCUGACCCUUCUUGUGCCUCUCACCUCUUCACCUAGCCUGAAAAAUCUUUUUUUCCCCAGACUCCUGAGAAUGGCACAGAAACAGGUUUCCCAACAGUAGGUGGGAAUGGGAAAUUCGUUGUGUUGUCACAAGCUAGGAAAAGAAUAUUCUGAGUUGACACAAACUAGUGCCCUAAAUUCAGAUUACUCAGUUUCUCAGUUGUUAAUAGCAAGAUAGGGAUUCCUCAGAGGAAGACAAAAGCUCAUCAUUUCUUUUAUUAUUUCUGAAAAUUAUAAAAUUGAAAACAUUUAAUUAAGGUCGUGCCCUGGAAAGACUUUGCAAAUAUUGUUCACAGGAGUUUUGUUCUAAUUGCCAAAUAAUUGAGAUUCGUUUAUAAUAAACCACUUGUGCAGU